GCCACCCCCCGUUUGUGGGAAUGGUACAUCCUUUACUCCAGCUGAUCGGCCUUGGCUCCGGGUGCGGACCCUCGCACUAUCUGCGGUCGUUUUCACGCUAGAUUUGUAUUGUUUGUAUAGUUUUUGUUGUGGUGGCCGCUCGUGUCGGCAAAGCACACCAGCCUAUUUUAUUAUUCGGACAAAGGAGUACCAAGGAAAGUGGAGAUUAUCAGCCCGUAGCUGUUCGAGGAACCUCCUCAUAUUGAACAGGCCGCGUCUCCAUCCCCGGUCUCACCUAUUUGGAGCUACCGACUCUGGAGCUAUGGGGGACACUGGCAGUGAACGCAGCAAGCCACCCAGCAUACCUCCCCGCUGUCCCUGUGGAUUCUGGGGGUCCAGCAAAACCAUGAACCUCUGCUCCAAAUGUUUUGCUGACAUUGAGAAAAAACAGGACGCUGACGAAGACUGUGCCCCCGGACCCGCCCCCAGCACUAGCAGCAGCCAAUCGGCAGUCUUCUGUAGCGACAUGAGCAGCAGCAGUAGCCAAUCCCUGUUGUCGUCAACAGCCGCCAGCUCAGAGGAACCGUCGCCGAAGGACUCGGGAGCCACUGGUUCCCCUCCGCAGGGAGUAUCCAGCACAGACACAGUCCACAGCCCACUAUCCACACCCUCAAAACGGCCCUGCGACUCAGCCUCGGGGUCGGAGAGCGAGGCGUCGCCGGAGAAGCGGUCGAAGCCCGACGAGGACGAGGCGGCCGCCGAGGAGACCGGCGCCGGCCGCAAGCAGAGGAACCGCCGGCGCUGCCACAGCUGCCAAACCAAACUGGAGCUGGUGCAGCAGGAGCUGGGGUCCUGCCGCUGCGGGUAUGUGUUCUGCUUGCUGCACCGGUUGCCAGAGCAGCACGGCUGCCUGUUUGACCACCUCGGUCGCGGUCGCGAGGAGGCGGUCAUGAAGAUGGUCAAACUCGACCGCAAGGUGGGCCGAUCCUGUCAGCGAAUCGGAGAGGAGUGCUCCUGAGCCCCGCCCCCCCCCACCACACCACCUGGAGAGCAUGAGAGAGAGAGAGAGAGAGAGAGAGUGAAAGUGAAAGAAAGAGGGAGAGAAUGAGAGAGAGAUGGAGCGAAGAGCCCGCAGCAGUACCCAACACCCCAGGCAAACCCCCUUACCUCAGUACUACUCUCACCCCAAGCAGACUGCAACUCCCAGCAGGCACUGCAGCAGCCUGAAGCAUCUAUGACCUCACAGGCCCCUCCCCCCCAGCACUCAGCCUUAAGUUGCCCUGUUUCUCUGCAGGUUUCUCAGAAAGAGGUCGCAGACGGGGGACUCCUCUGUCCUCAGCGACCUCCCCUCAGGUUGUGGGAGAAGGGGCCGGGCUAUGCUAGCCCCUCCCUGUCCCCUCCCCUUCUCUCACCCCCCCCUCCAAUCCCACCCACACAACCCCCAGCCCUCUCACCCCACUGUCCAAUCAGACCGCGACACUCCGCCUCAGCUCAGCCACAUGACCUGCGGGAGUCCCGCUCCCUGUUCAGGGACCGUGUAGUGCCCCUGCAGUCAUGUGAUCCCCCUGACCCCCUGACCCCCUGACCCCUCACUCUGUGUCAGCGCCCUUUGCUGGCAGUCUCAGGUUACACAGUAAGAACAGCGCAGUCCUCCAGGGACUCCGCUCCUUCCUGCUCUCUCCGGCAAGUCUGACGCAGGCCGGCUUACACUCUACUGGGCUGGGACGGACGGACGGACGGACCGAUGGACAGGACGGGACACUGGACGCUCAACACUCAACGCUGGGGCCAUGGGGCGGUGUCUCCUCUGUGUGUCACUCUACUCCUGAUGUCCCGAUUCCCGCACUCCCACCAGAACCAGCCUAGGCGUGUCCCGCCCUGGGAGUGACCCCUUCCUCCGGUGUUCUGGGCGUGUCUGGACGUGCCCUCGGACAGCGGGAGGCCUGGGCCCAGAUCACGAGCUUCACGAACGAAACGGACUAGAGAGAGCGGGCACGGUGCGGAGCUACGCUCCCUCUGCUGCACCAAUGAGCGGGGAUUGUUCUCCCAAACACUGCCCUCCGCUUCACGUCUGCCCCCCCCCCCUCUCUCUCUCUCUUCCUCCCUCCCUCUCCCUCUUUCCUUCCCCACGCACCACACACCCUGCACACUCUCACUGCCGACUGCAUUCACUCUCCCUCCAUCUCUCUCUCUUUUCCGCUGUACUGACCUCUGCUCUACACCUCUCUCUCUCGCUCUCUCUCUCUCUCUCUCUUCUCGGUACCCGCUCACACUCGUUUUCUCCCCCAGAAAAAGAAGGGAUGAUGAAGAGACAGUCCGGCAGAGAGAGCGGCUUUAUUUUAAGAGAAGUUUUCUGUUGAGUUCUGGAAAAGAAGAAAGCAAAUCGGUGGAGAAAUAUCAUCCUGUACCUUAAGGAAACUUAUUUAACCCCUAUUCGUGUUUCACAGUUACUUUACAAACUAGCAUAGAGCUGCAAUUUUAGUUUUAAUGUUGUUAAAAAAAAAAAGAAAACAAAAAAAGAAAGAUAAUUCUGUAACUAUUAUUUUGUUCCUUUCAUUUCCUUCGUUAUUUUCCCCUUCUUUGCUGAAAAGAAUAAACUGGAUUAGAUGAAA